CUCUGUUUCGUCUCGAUAUAAAACCGCUCGGAGGCCGAGACCAAGGCUCCAGGAAAAGGCUGAUCUUCCCCGGGAACCCAGCAAGAGGCACGGAGCAGGAUCCCGCGAGGAGGAAGCCGAGCCCGGCUCCCACAGACUGAGACUGAGACUGUCCCUGUCCCUGUUCACCUGGAGAUCGGAGGCAGACAGCAAGUCAGGGUAUUUCCACGAGGCUAUGGCAGGACACACAGGGACAGUGGCCAGUGAUCCAUCGCCCACUGCUGAUCCGGCUCAUGUUGAUCCCCUGCUCAAGAUCUCACUGGUCAAGGCGCACCCGAUGGACCGUCUGAGGAGAAAGAAGGACAGAGAGAGACUUCUUCGAACUCUCAAGCACCUGAUCAAGAAGGAGCGAGUGAGCGUGGUGCAGCCGUCUCCCUUGGUGACCAGGACUGGUUCUCCACCAGGCCUAGCAAGUUUGGACAGCCUGGCUGCAGCCGCUAAGCCGCUGGACCUGCAGGCCGCCACCAACCUCCUGGGGCAGGCCUCAGCUGUGUCUCCCGGCUGGGAGCUCCCGUCCACCGAGGCUGUGGAGAUGGAACUGAGGGAGGCCGAGUCGCUGGGAUGGAGAACUCCAAGCUGUGAGGCCCCAGCUUUCCCAGAGGAUGAGAUGAGCCUGGACCAUCUUCUGGACGUCCUGACCCAGCUACAGUACCACACGCGCCAGGAAAAUGGAGUGUCCAUCUGCUCCCGCUUCUUGGUUGGCUGUUGCCUCGAAGGUGACUGCUGUCCUUACCACCACACAGCCCUCCCCUAUCACUGGCAGAUGAGGAGGGCAGCCACCCAGCAUUGGGAGACUGUACAGGAGGAAGCUCAGGAGAUGCUGGAAAGGCUGUACUGUGACCCUGACAAAGAGAAGGUCACCCUUCGCUACAGGGAUCGGAGUUUCACUGCAGACUUUGACCAAAUGACCAUUCAGAAUGAGACGUUUGACCAGUUAAGGCGGCUCAGCACCUCGGACAUUGAUCCCUCUGACAUCUUCCGCACGACCUGGAGAUACUACUGGAGGGACACGUUCGAGUGGAAGGAAUACCCCCAGUCACUCGCCCAGUAUUUCGAGGAAGCCCUCCGACAAGGCUUUGUGGUGAGGUACUUCAUGAUUAACCAGAAUCAGCGAUACAAGGUGGAUCUCAAUGCCAGAUACCAGCAGAACAUCACCUCAGGCACAAAGAGAACCAUCCGGAAGCGACCCCUCUUCCAAUCAAUCGUCACGCUCCUGCCCUACCUCAAGACAUUGUCUGGGUCAUUUGAGACAUGCCCCUCUGUGCCUGAGAGCCCCUCGCCAGCUACUGCCAGUCCUGACUGUGAGCAUAUGUACCCAGAGACCUGGAUCCCCAUGGAUCCCAAUGUGGACUUUAUCAAAGUGCCCAUGUCAGUGGAUGACAAAGCGUACAGGGUGGUCUACAACCUAUUCCACAAGACCAUGCUGGAGACUAAAUUCGUCAUCUUGAGCAUAUUACGGGUGCAAAACCAGUUCCUUUGGGACAAGUACAUCAGGAAGAAGCAGUACAUGGCUCGCAAGAUGUCGGAACGGGAGAGGAUGCUGAACGAGAAGCAUUUGUUCCACGGGACCUCACAACUCUCUAUCGAUGGCAUCUGCAAGCACAACUUUGAUCCACGGGUAUCUGGACGACAUGCUACUCUCUACGGCCAGGGCAGUUACUUUGCCCGGAAGUCCAGCUAUUCCCACAGAUAUGCCCAGCGUUCCGAGGAAGGAGUCCAUUACAUGUUUCUAUCCAAGGUUCUGGUUGGCAGGCACACUGUUGGCAAGCCGGCAAUGCGGAGGCCUCCAGCUGUCAUCCCCAAUGACCCCAGCAGUGACCUCUUCAACUCCUGCGUGGACAGCAUUUAUGACCCCCAGAUUUUUGUCCUGUUCGACAAUGACCAAUGUUUUCCUUACUUUGUGGUAAAGUACAAAGAAGUGGGUGACAGCAUCAUCGUUAGAUGACGGGCAGUCACCUCCGUCCCUUUUCUGCAAUGAUGCCAGUAACAGACGCUAAUAGCAUCCCUCAGACCUGCCAUCUUGACCAUGUGGAGGACAGCGACAAGCAGAUACGUGGAAGCGCCAGACCCUGCAAGUUCUCCUCUGAGCCACUCGCCAUCCUGACUUGGAUGUACAUCCGUCAGUGUCGCCGGGUCAGAAUCCUGGAACUCCCUCCAUGGUGAUUCGAUGGGGUGUCCCUACACUACACGGACUGCAGCAGUAUAAGAUGGAAGCAGAGAGCCAUCUUCUCCAAGGCAACAAAGAUGAACAAUAAAUGCUAGCCAGCCAGUGACACACAUGUCCUGUGAAUAUCGAUCAUGUUUAAAAAUAAAAAGAGGGCUCGGUGA